AUGUGCAGUGCUAGGAACAGCAAAGAUACUGAGCAGAACCCUCAAGCUCCCAGGCCUCUGGUAGAGGACCCAAACUUAGAGAGGGAUAACCGCCCGCGGAGGGCCAAAGGUGAGAAACCACAUGUGUGUAAAGUGUGCGGUAAAGGAUUCAGCCAGAGUUCUAACCUCAUCACCCACAGCCGCAAGCACAGCACCUACAGGCCCUUCCACUGCCCCCAAUGCGAGCUCAGCUUCCAGCGCAGAGUGGACCUACAGCGCCACCAGGAGAUGCCCUGUGAGCUGUUCACGCUGGAGUGUAAGUUCAAAGAGUCGGUGUUUGAGAACUACUACGUGAUCUACAGCUCCAUGUCGUAUCGGCAGAAGGAGUCCGGCCGGGCGUGGUACCUGGGCCUGAACAAGGAGGGCGCUGUGAUGAAGGGGAACCGCGUGAAGAAGACCAAGGCCGCCGCUCACUUCCUGCCCAAGCCCAUAGAAGUUGCGAUGUACCGCGAGCCGUCUCUACAUGACGUGGGGGAAACAGCGCCUAAAUCCUCCAAGAGUGCCACACCUGCCCCAGCCAAUGGAGGCAAACCACUCAGCCAGCCCACUAAGGAGCCCACAUAA